AUGCGGGGAGUUUUUUUUUUUUCUUCCGGCAGAGUUCGCAACCAGAAAAGUUUGUCACUAGAUCUUCUUGUCAGCAACUCUGCUAUUCCCAACGCCGGCCCAGGGUUUGAACCCAUAUUACCAUAUUCACCUGUUUCUGUUACUGAGGCCAGAUUCACAACGCCGGCGCAAGGUUUGAACCCAUAUUCCCAUAUUCACCUGUUCCUGUUACUGAGGCCAGAUUCACAACGCCGGCCCAAGAUUCACAACGCCGGCGCAAGGUUUGAACCCAUAUUCCCAUAUUCACCUGUUCCUGCUGCUGAGACCAGAUUCACAACGCCGGCCCAGGGUUGUGAACCCAUAUUACCAUAUUCACCUGUUUCUGUUACUGAGGCCAGAUUCACAACUCCGGCCCAAGGUUUGAACCCGUAUUGCCAUAUUCACCUGUUCCUGUUACUGAGGCCAGAUUCACAACGCCGGCGCAAGAUUCACAACGCCGGCCCAGGGUUUGAACCCAUAUUACCAUAUUCACCUGUUUCUGUUGCUGAGGCCAGAUUCACAACUCCGGCCCAAGGUUUGAACCCGUAUUGCCAUAUUCACCUGUUCCUGUUACUGAGGCCAGAUUCACAACGCCGGCCCAAGAUUCACAACGCCGGCCCAGGUUUUGAACCCAUAUUACCAAAUUCACCUGUUUCUGUUACUGAGGCCAGAUUCACAACGCCGGCGCAAGGCCAGAUUCACAACGCCGGCGCAAGGUUUGAACCCAUAUUCCCAUAUUCACCUGUUCCUGCUGCUGAGACCAGAUUCACAACGCCGGCCCAGGGUUUGAACCCAUAUUACCAUAUUCACCUGUUUCUGUUACUGAGGCCAGAUUCACAACUCUGGCCCAAGAUUCACAACGCCGGCCCAAGGUUUGAACCCGUAUUGCCAUAUUCACCUGUUCCUGUUACUGAGGCCAGAUUCACAACGCCGGCGCAAGGCCGAAACUCGCCACAAUUAUACUUUUUCCACUCUAUCUAUCUAUCUAUCUAUCUAUCUAUCUAUCUAUCUAUCUAUCUAUCUAUAUAUAGCUUCAUCAUUUAA